AACCAAGCAAAAGCAAGAAAGCGUCCGUCAGUUGAUGUUUGAGUGUCUACAUAAUGUUUGUGUAGAUGUGUUUUUGAAGAGUAAAAUGCAGUCUACGAAUGCAUAAAACAUUUAUUGUAACUAAGUUAUUUAUAUAAUAAGUUGCAUAUUUUUUAUAUAAAAAGUGAGUGUCAAUACAGUGAGUGACAAAGUAAAUUGUGAUUUCAUAACUGGCUCAAAACAUUGACGUGCUUCUUGUAAAGUUAAAUCAAGCUUUAAAGACUGUGUCAUUGCACCACGGACAAAUGGAUUAUGUAAUUUGUUAUUACAAACAAACGAAGUUACUGUUUACAAAAUUUUAAAAUUGAAAUGACGAAGUGACUCAGUUUGAAACUGUUGGUGACAACAUGAGUGUGCUUAAAGUGUUCAGGACGAGUUGUUAUUUCUUAAUAGUUUUACUAUCUCAUCUGCGUUGUAGUACUUGAGCAUCGCGGAUAUAAGUAAUGAAUAAAAUGAGGAAGCAAAGAUAAGGUGUGAAAUAAGCACCGUGGAGCAUUUGGUGGGAGGCGGUGGCGCGGGUGGCUUGCUGCCCGGCGCUUCGCCUGUGCAGCACCAGCCCAGCAUGCUGCAGCCCAUGGAGGAGAUGAUCCUUCCACCCAAACGACAAGCUGUUGUGGAUCGACUAAGGCGGAGAAUAGAAACAUACCGUCGACGGCAGUCUGAGUGUGUUCCAAGGUUCGACCAGUCGUUCACCGGCGCCUGCGAACAGCAGAACUUGGAGACGAGCGCAUUGCAGAAGCGGUUCCUGGAGGGGAAAGCCAAGCGGCACGCCAAGAAAAGCGACCGCAAACCCGACCUGCCGGCCAUCAGCGGCGUCCACAGCAGCGUGCACGUGCAACAAAAGUUCGGCUGCGGCGACUACGAGCCUCCAGCAAAAAUACAAUGCGGCGGAGGAGGCAGCGGUGGCACGGAAGCUCUCACCAAGUUCUCAGUGGAGAUAGUCCAGCAGCUGGAGUUCACCACAUCGGCAGCCGAUUCGCAUCCGCAACAAAUUUCCACCAACGUCACCGUGAAGGCGUUGGCGAACGCUGUGAAGACUUCCAAUUCCCCUCCGCCUCAGCAGCCACCGCCAAGAGCUCCUUCCCCCUUGGAUUGCGAACGAGAAUGCAAAGCUGAAUGUAAAUCCGAGGUGGCCGAUGACGAAUUCGUCGGCCUCGACGAGUGCGCGGCCGCUCUAGAAAGGGACGCCGCAUCAGCAUUUUCGAGCUUGGCCGACCUGAUCGGUGAGGAUGAGGGCGACGAUGCGUUCGAGCAUUUGAUCACGGAGAUUUCGGGCUACUCGGAGUUCAUGAAAGAUUUCGAUUUGGAUGGAAGUAAAUUGAAUGGCGGCGGUGGGUUAGGCUUGGAGCCUGAAAACGAGGGAGCGCCGCGAGCGUACGGUGGCGGAGAGAUGUCGCCGGCGGCGCAGACGCUGAAGCACAUGGCGGAGCAGCACCAGCAGGCGGCCGGCGGCGACUGGGCGCGCUACCGCGGCUACGGCGGCUAUAGGCCGCGGCCUGCGCCUCCCGGCAUCGACCACCUACACAUGUCCCAGCAACAGCAGAUGCACCUGUCUCAACCGCACCACAAUCUACAGGUGUCAGCGGCGCAGCACAUGGCGGUGAGCGGCGCGGCGGGCGGCGGCGGCCACGUGUCGGUGGCCGCUCAGCAGGGCAUGUAUGCCAGCUUCCAGCACCAAGGCACGCCCUCAUCUCAGCAUCACCAAGGUAACGGCUGCGAUUCGUACUCGAUGUCUCAGUCGCAGAGUAUAAACUUCUCGCAAGGCAUGCGGCCGCGGCCGCAGGGCCCUGCCGCCGCCCCGCAAGCGCCCGCCGCCGGCACGGGCCCACAGCAGCCGCUCGGAGUCGCAGCAGCGGGCCUGUCGAGAGAACAGCAAGCGAAAAUGUUGCAGCAACAACAACAGCAAAUGUUGCGGGCGCAGCAGCAACAGCAGCAGCAGCAGCAGCAGCAGCAGAUGCGGCCGCCGCCGCCGGAGUACAAGGCGCGGUUCGCGUCGCCGGCGAGCGCAGGCCUGCGCCGCGCCGGGCCCGCGGCGCCGCGCCCGUUCCCGCCGCACGCGCGUCAGUACUCGCCGGAAUGGCGACACGUGCUCAUGCAGCAGCAGGCUGCAGCCAGGCAACAGUUUCCACACCAUCAUCAAGCGGGCUUCGGAAUGGGUUCAAUGGGCGGCGGUAUGACGCAGCAGCAGAUGCAGCUGCAACAAGCGAGACUCCAGCAACAACAGCUUAUGCAGCACCAACAACAACAAAGGUCAUCGAAUCAGCAGCAGUCUCCGAUGUCGCACCUGAUUAUGCAACAAAAUCAAAUGAUGAAUGUGCAAGGACAAAUGCCAAACAUUCACAUGUCGCAGUCCCAAAGCAUGUCGCUGCAUGCGCCUGCGCAGAACAGCGUCGUGCAGAACUCCUUCCCGUCGCUCCACAGCUCCGCCUUCACGGGACAGACCGCAGAAUUUAAUUUAGACUUCCUCGACAACAUGCCUUCCAGUGACGCCAGCAACCUCACCGCGCAGGAGCUACUCAACUCCCUCGACAACACCUUCCUGAAUGAUAUACUUUAAUUAGUUCCGUGAUAGAAAAAUUGGAAAAGUAUUAUCUGACCGUGGUCAGAACUAAAGGUGUUUCCGACGGACGUUCUGUAGCAAGAUAUCUACUGCUCGAGCUGAAUCGUGACCGUUUCGCGCGAAGUUAUCUAAGGAAUUUAACACCACAAUUUAAUGUGGUUAAAGAACAUUUGUAGAAUAUCGAAAAAUCUUCCUAUGUCUUUUAUCACUUUCGACCGCGUUGUUUUAUAGACUAUUUAUUGUGGAAAUGUUAAUUUCAUAGUAUUUAUAGCUCUUACGAUUGUUAAUAGUUCUUUUGUAAAUAUUUUAUCGUAAUUUAAGACGUUUGUUUAUUGUAAUGAUAUCAGUGAGCAGCAAGGCAGUAUAUACCACAGACUGUAAAAUUAAGAUGCGAGUAGACUUUAUUGUAUAUUUAUUAUUGAUACGAGGAUUAAGUUAUGAGACGGAAAAAGAAAGCACAAAAGACAUUAUUCUCAAUAUUUUAAUACAUCAAGAAUUAUUUAAUAAUAUAUUUAAACAAUUUGGCCAAUAACUUAUUUUUACAAUAACUUAUUUUUACUAUUCUAUGUGUAAUCUUCCAAGUUUAUAGUUUGAACGUAUUGAUUGUUUCUGGCCGUCCAAUAUCACCUUGCCAGCGACCCACUUCCGAGACGCAGUAUUUAAAAAAUAUUGUCUUUUGUGAAAAAAGAAAACAUAUUAUCCACAGACUAUUAAUACAUCUAAUAGACAACUUACGUUGCUUGCAAGGUUUACUUCCGCCUGGGAAUGGCCAUUAUCCAUUUAAUCUUAAUUUCCUUUUGUUAUAGUUCAAAUGUACAUUUUAUAUGUUAUAGAAACAUCAUUCCUGUACCUAAGAUAAAGUAGAUUAUACUGUGAUGUCGGUCUCAAUGGUCAAUAGAUAAUAUAGAAUCAAUUAUUAUAAAUAGCGAAUAGAUAGACUAUUUUUAUUGUUAAGGAUCUCAUGUAUCAUUUAGAAGGGUUCAGGGAUUCUGGAAUUGUAGAAUUGGUUUUGAUUCCAAUGGGACAUAGUUACUAAUGUAAUACUUCCCCCCCACGUAUAUACCCACCCGCAGUUUCUCUAUAUUAUGGGCUUCUAUUUACAAAAUUAUGAAAAUACAAAUUAUUAGAUUGGUUGUCAAACAACAAUGAAAGCUUCCUUUGCGACAUUGUAAACUAAAGUGUUCGUUAUCGUUUCAUGUAUUUAUAAUUUAAUAUUGAUUCUCCUUAUCAUUAAUUUGGUUAUAUUAUAUAUUUAAUACGAGAAAUGUCAGAAAAGUCAGUUUAGGACAGAGCGAUGAGUAUUGACUUAUAAUUGUUGGUUGGGACCAUUUAUGGACAUGUUUUUUUCAUUUGUCUCAGAUCUUGUAAAGGAAGCUUUUUAAUGAUUUUGUAUUCAAAUUUAUUGAAAAUAUACAUGUACAUAUAUAGUAAUAAAAAGUAUACAAAUAUUACCAGCUCUCUGUUAAAAUAAUAGCUGUAAAACCAAUUGUGAAUGAUAGCAACAUUCCAGAGCCAUUGUUAACAAUGUUUUUAACUUUAGGACCAAUUUUUGAUCAUUCUUUUGAAAUAAUAUUGCAUAUUGAGA